AGUUCCCCUUUAACCCUGCUACUUAAUUGCUUAUUUUGUCCUUGGAUGACAAGUGUUCAUGCUGUAAAAACAAUAUCGGUGUGAUACACAGCUAAGCCAGUUCACUAGUUAUAACUCACUCAGUGCCAGCUGCUGUUUACUUUUAGUUUUUCUAGAACAGGGUGGGGGUCUAAAUUUGGAAGGCUGACGGAAUGGGAUGUUCUAGGAAGGGGAGGUGUGCCAGUCCUUUAUUUUCUGUCUCCAUCUGACGUGACAGCCUGUCAUUGCCCAUAGUGAAGCACAGACAGCACGCCUGUGUCCUGCCAUUACGACUACAGACAGAUUGUACACGGUGCGUGUUGGUUGCCAUGGGGCAGUGACUAACAGCAGUGUAUGUUUUCCUUUUUCUCUAUUUAGUAUCUGAUGAGCUCACAGUGCAGCUCCAUCUCUGCAAAAUUCUCUCUCUAGCUAGGAGCCCAGCAUGGGAGGAGGAAUAUCAGGGGAUGCUGCUUUCAUAUUCAGCCUUGCUCGGGGAUUGCAGAUCUCUCCUGAGCUUUGACUGAGGAAGGAUAAUAAAGCCCAUUGAUACGUGUUGUACUACCUUCUAAAUGAGUCUAGGAAUUCCUGGCAAAGCCUGUCUCUUUCAGUCUGAAAGGAGGACACGUGAAGGUGAACAAUGGCUCCACGGCAGUGAUUUGCAGAACUAUACCAAGCACAAUCGCCUCAGGACGAAGAACUAAUAAAACACACCAAUAAAAGGACACAUUAUAAAAGAUUUUUUUUUUAAAAUUCUAACUGAAACUUGACCUUUAUUUGAAGGUCACCACGCACUCCUAUUAUUCAUCCUGAAAUGUGUGUCUACAGUAGAGAAGGACGCUUGCCUUGUCGCUACAGGAUUACCUGAACAACCAAUGUGUGUGGCACCAAGCCGUAAAGAUGAGGUUGUCAUGGAACCUAAUGAUGGAGCAGCCUCUGCUUCUGUCCUUGAGCCUAAGGUGGUCAUACCACGGAAUGAUAAAAGAGCACCCACAAUAUACAUUAUAGCAUCGGUAGUCCUCUGGUUAGUAACUGGCACAACCAUAUCUAGCCUGAACAAAUGGAUAUUUGCAGUGUACAACUUCAAAUACCCCUUACUGCUGUCGUCUUUCCAUAUGCUUACUGCUAUUCUGCUGGACUAUCCAUUGAUAAGGUUUGGCUUGCUGAACUUAAAGGCAGAAGAAGAAGUACCACUGAAUGCUAAUGCCAGAUUUAAAGUAUUCCUUUUGAGUCUAACUUUCUGCUCCAGCAUUGCCUUCGGAAACCUUGGUCUAAGCUGUGUCCAGCUCUCUUUUGCACAGAUGAUUUAUACCACAACACCUAUCUUCACACUGGCCCUUUCCAAAGUAUUUCUGGGCACCAGACACAACACACUCAAGUACACUGCCAUGGUACCCAUUUGCCUGGGGGCCUGUUUUAGCAUUAUUGGAGAGGUGCAGUUUGACCAGACCGGCUGCUUCUACCUUUUUGCUUCAACUUUUCUCAGGGGACUGAAAUCUAUACAACAAAGUUCACUUCUGAAGGAAGAGAAAAUUCACUCUGUAACACUUCUAUACCUAAUGUCCAUCCCCAGCUUCUGUAUUCUGUUUCUAGCUGCCAUAGUGUUGGAGAGUGGAGUGAUAUGGGAGGUCCCACCUGAUUGUGAUAACAGACUUUGGCUUUUCAUCCUUCUGAGCUGCGUAGGAUCCGUUUUGUACAACCUGGCCAGCUUCUGCGUCAUCACAUUUACAUCUGCGGUUACCAUACAUGUGCUUGGAAAUUUAAAUAUUGUUGGGAACCUGGUGUUGUCUCGUGUCCUCUUCGGAAGUCAUCUGACUGUACUUAGCUACAUGGGAAUAGGCCUUACCUUGGCAGGAAUGUUUAUGUAUCAUAACUGUGAACACUUUGCUUAUUGGAAACGUCUUUGUGCUACAAAAAAACAUACAAAAACUCAGUGAACUCAGUCUCCAGAGAUGCCAAAGUAGAAGCUGAUUUUUUUAGGCCCCAAUAUAAAUAUGGCUGCCAAAGCACAAUACUAAUGAGAUAAACAAGACAGGGAAAUCACUGGUCUAGAAGGCAUCUGUGACUUAGUGUUUCUUUCAAGAAACGGUAUAAUCUAGCACUAGUAUCUUUUAGAUGACUCUGGUUCUUCAGAGGACUAACACAUUUUGGUAUUGGUUCUGCUGCAAUACUGAUCAUUGUCCAUUUGACGUUGUAGAAUUGAUUAAAAGGUUUAGUACAGUGUAGGUUUUAACAAUUCAGUAGUAAAAAAAACACCAUGCAAUGGAUAUUUAU